AUGACAUCGACAACCGACGCCUUCCAAGGUGGGUUGACACCGACAACCAGCGCAUUCCAAGGUCGUUUGACACCGACAACCAGCGCCUUCCAAGAUGGUUUGACACCGACAACAAGCGCAUUCCAAGGUGGUAUGACACUGACAACCAGUGCCUUCCAACCUGGAAUGACAACCAGCGUCUUUCAACCUGGUAUGACACCGACAACCAACGCCUUCCAAGGUGGUAUGACACUCGCAUAUAUUCGUCAUGGCCAGCGAUCGCCAAUUGAUCCAAUAAUAUAUCAAGCACAAAUCAGUUCUCUUCCAACCUACCACGCCCAGCAGUUUAGUUCAGCAAGACAGAAACCAGAUUUUGGUUCAUUCGCAUACACGAGACUCCCAUCCAGGGUUAAUUGGUCAGAACUUGAAGCUAGGUUUUAA